CGUUCCGCCGAUGAAAGUAAGCAAGAAUGUUAGACGCCGUUUGACCCUCGAUUGAUUUACAAAGGGAUUCUUUUGUUUCAAAAGAACAUGACUAUGGACAAAAGAAAUUAUUUUGUUUUUCUUUCUAUUUUCCCGUUCGCCCAUGACAUUUAUAAACCUGAGCACUUUAAACAGAGUAAUGCUUAACUGAGAUCAGAGGACGGCUCGCGAUGACUCUAUAACCAUCUUCCUCAAAUCUUAACCAGGCAAGGACAAAAUUAUUGUCAAUUUUAGAUGGAACAAGUUGUACUUACGAAAUCAAACUGGGUAUAAAGAGAAAUAUUUAGAAAGAGAAGAAAAUCUACCGUUUAAUUUUUUUAAAAUUUGUUUGUCCCCACCGAACGCAUUUGGUCAUUAAGCACGCAUUUAUAAUGUCUGAUCGAGCGAAUGGUAAUUGAAGUGUGUUCCUGAUUCCAAUAUUUCUUUGAAGCUACGCCUCUUGUCAUAUGACGUGUCUUCGCAUAGAAGUAUACUUUGUUUUUAUCUGGACAGUUAUCACCAAAAGGCUCGGUACAAAUCACUUCAGAUUCACUUCUUCAGUUUGUGUUCUGCCAAUAGAUCAAUUUUUGUUCAUCAUGUCUGACGGCGUUUUCUACGACGGUGCUCCUACCCCAGCUCCCGAGGAAGAUUCUGGAUGGGCUGUGGCUACUCCUAUUCAGGUUGGUACAAUUUUCAUCGGUAUGCUUGGGGUCGUCGGUAACUUGGCAUGUGUCAUCGUGCUCCGUCGGCAAUCGGUGAGAAACAACACUAAUCUAUUGAUUGUCAACCAAGCCAUCAUCGACUGCAUUACAUCAGGUUUACUUGUAGCCGCUACCAUCUCUGAUCUCGGCGGAAUCCGCACUGCGAAGAAAUCUGGUGUGGCCGCAAAGAUCUACUGCAAUCUCUGGAAUUCGUUAGUCUUGGUGUUUGGUGGAUUUGCGAUAUCAACCUUCAAUCUUGUGGCCUUGUCUGUCGAACGCUACCUGGCCGUCAUUCACCCAAUAUGGUACCUGCAGAACUUUAAAAAGCGCGCCGUCCGGAUCCUAGUGGUUUGCACCUGGGUUUUUGGACCCAUAUUCCAAAUCCUUCUGGUUGGUCUGCAUUAUGAUACUACGGAAGAAGGUACUUGCAUCUACACUCCUCGCUACACGGGCAUUCUCGUGAUGCUUUUCUUUUGGGACUAUUUCAUCCCAGCGUGCAUCAUGACAUAUUCAUUUGCUGCCAUAAUGCUCAAAUUCAAGAAGCUGAACAAAGUCGCCGAUGGGCGCGGCGCCGGCGAAUUCAGGAAGAAAACGGUUUUCCCGAUACCGUCGACUUCGGUCCAGCCAGCAAUCUCCAAGCAGAGUCCGCCAUCGGAACAACCAACCGAAAACAGUGCUGUAGAAGCGAAUGGCAACGUUACCAAGGUAAACGACCUUCCUCCUGUAGAGGAAGCGGAAAAGCAACCGAGUAAUCACUUGGAAGUUCCGACAGCAGUCGACACUACAAAGUCUUCGACUCCUGGAGAAGAGAAGAAACCCGAUGCCAGCACCGCUGCGAAUUCAUCCUCUGGACAGGGAAACACCGCUGGAGGUACUGCUCGUUCGGACAAGGACGCUGCAGGUGCGCUUCAAAGACGUAACACGACAAAGGUUCUCUUGGCCAUGUACAUCAUUUACCUGGUUUGUUGGUCUCCUAACCAGUGGACUUUCCUGCAGUACAACCUUGGCGGAUACGUUGAUUUCAGCUCUGCAUGGUAUCGCUUCUUGGUCAUCAUAGGGAACCUCAACACCUGUGUGAAUCCCUUUCUCUUUGCGCUCCGUCUGAAGGUGUACCGCAAGGAGGCCAGGGCUAUGCUGAGAAACUUCCUGGCACGCUUCUCCCGUGAAUGAAACGUCGGCGAUAUUCUCAGUUGUACAGGGUUUUAUGUGUGCUAAAUUAAUCACGUUGCACAAUUCACUAGUCUCUGGUGUAAAUUCAUAGACUAUAAUUGCCGUUCUCCAUUGCGUCCAGCACUGAAUGACUGAAAAUGAUCACUGUAACACAUGAGCUAUUGGCGGUUCCUUGGUAAUAAUAUCCAUUUCAUAUAUUAUCCAUACUGAUGUUACUUUUAUUUUAACAAAAAAAUAUAUUUUCACUUUAUAAAGAUAUGCUUAUUUAUUUUGAAAAAAAAUGUUCAUUAGGAUUUGAUAGUCCAUUUCAAUUCAAUUUCACUGAAAUAAAGGAGAGCCAAAAUAAGAGCCAAAAAUUUUGAGGGAUCCAGACACGGUGUAUUGGAAAUGAAAUUCUUAAACACUGCGAGAGAGCGAAGGAAGGGAGCAAAAUUUUGAUUUCUUUUAGUACAAAAAUCCAAUUUCGUGAUAGGUUUUGACAUAAUAUUCAGUAAAAAAGUAUUAUAUUUUACCUUAUCGCUUUUCCUUUUAUUUCAUUUUGUCUUUUUUUCUUGGUCAUGAAUAUGUUUUAGAGGGUCCCAAUCCCGUCGAAUCUGUACGCCAGUGCUGGUAAUCACAAAGAAAUUUGAUAAAGACUUGUAUUACCAGAGAGAGAGAGAAAAAAAACACAGUGGGGUCGAUAAACGUGGAGGGAAUGGAGGAGGGGUGGAUUGACAUCACUCUCUUGGAGCCAGCUUUAUUUGUACCCAUCAGUUUUACAGAAAGUGUGAAAAUUGCUUCGAAGCGUAGGCGUAUGUGAAUUUCGAGAUUUCCACAGGGUAAUGCCUGUCCUAGCGCUCAAAAGAUUGUAGUGCGAAAGUAUCUGAAGUACUUAAUCAAAUUCUAGAUCUUCCCAGACAAAAGAAUGUUAAAAUAUAAGUCAAAUUACUCUCCAACGCACAAAUAAAAUUUAAUUCAUGAAUCCUGCAUAUGCAUUUCAUUACAAUCGCAGCAGCUAAAGAAAUAAAAUGAAGGGAAUAUUUUCCAAUAGCGCUGACCGACACCUUUUACGAAUGAACAUUAUUUCCACAUUUAAAUUGUCAAGAAAUAAAGUUCCGAAAUCUAUGGGAAAUUAACAUAAUGGCUAUAUGAAUAAAAAGACAUUAACAGUUACUGUAAAAGUUUUUUUUUAGAUAGUUGGAAAUGUUCCAGUAAUUCGAUUCGCUUUUUAUAAUACAUAGUUUAUAAUAAAUUGGAGUCACCAAUUUCAUGUUGUACUUCUCACAACAAAAAAUAUAUAAAUUGAUUUUAUUCUUGAGUUCGAUUUUUAAACGUGGUUAAAUGUGAUGAAUAAGAAUCGUAAAAUACAUGUAGCUAUUACAUGUACAUUUGAAAGAGACAAGCAUAUCUUUUUGAAUUUUUUAUUUAUUUAUUGAUUUCUAUUUUUUUUUUUUUUGGGGGGGGGGCAAGUUCAAAGAGGCCACUUUUAUGUCAAAAUGGGCAUUUUGGUGCAAACGAAUAUUUUUACCAUGAGAUUUAUUCUGCGUGAAGUAGUUGCGUGUUUUGUAAUAAUUAAGAUGAGCAAAUCAUUUUAAAAUGAUUUUUAACUAAUGAGAUAUAUGUAUUUGGGUUUUAUUUUUUUCCGCGUGCAGUAGAAAAAAAAUCAUUAAAAAAGACAUGUGAAAGUAAAAACAUCAAUGUUACAUGGUGAAAUUUAGAAUAAAGGAGUAGAGUAGAAUAAUUGUAUAUACGGGAUGAACGUUAUCUUGGAUAUUUGUAGCCACAGUAUGAUUCUAUGGGGAUAAAGUAAGUAUAUAAUUAAUGUGCUUGCAUGAGCAAGAAAAGAUAAAAUCAUAAACAAAGGGUACUUAUUUAAGAUUUUCAAAUCUGAAGUUGUAUAACACGAUUUUUUGUCAAUUAUGGCGCUAAUUAGUGUUAAAAGGGUAUCCUCAACAUCAACCGAAUCGGGAGCUCAAACUUUUGGACAUUUUCAUUGUAAUAAGAAAUGAUAAAUUAAACAUUCGGAGCAGUUUUUAUAAUUAUGAAAAAGACUAUCUAAGAAUUAACGUGAGCGCGAAGCGCGAGCUGAAUUUUUAUAUAUUGACAAGAAACAGGGAACCUGUUAAGGACUGCAUUUAUGACUCAUGAAUAGGAUACAUAUAUCUCACCGAUCAAAUCAUGCUAAUGUGAAGCGCGAGCUGAAAAUUUGUGAUAUUCCAACCUGAAAAUUGGACAUUCUAAGUAUUUUUGUAACCACGAACAAAAUGAGUACCGUAAUAAACUAAUGAAUGCGAGCGCGAAGCGCGUGCCAAAAUUGUGUGAUUUUAUAACCUAAAAUGUGUGUUUUACUUAAAAAAUGGCACAUUUCAUUUUUAAAAGAAGGCAUUUUCUAUUUUGUGGCUUACAUUAGGAAAACAGUGAACAUUGGUGCAUCGACGACUGCAAUUUUAACAACAGUCGUCGAAAUUGUCAAUGUGUAAAGAAAUUGUUUUUUUAACAUAGUUAUAUACGAAAUUAAUGUCUCACACAAUUAUGUUUAUAUAUUUAUAAUGUUUGGACCACCUCGAAAUGUAAUGAUUAUAUGAAAUGAUUAAUUAUAUGAAAUAAUACCUAAUUAAUGUAUAAAUGUGAAUAUAUGAAUUCAAUAUACAUAUUUAGAGAAAACGAUAUACAUGUCACAAAGAUCUGCACAUUAAUAAACAGAUAAAAUCCGUAUUCAGUUGACUUAAUCUACCCAGCGCAAGAGUGUAUUGUUUGUAAAGGUGUUUUCAUACUGAAGACUGAAAACGAAGUGGAGUUACUCCAGAGUAACUCCUGAUAGAGUUUAUUGCGGACCGACAUUGCAUCCCCUUUCAAACUGGCAAGCUCCGCAGCGGUGUAUCCGCGGUCGUUUCCGUGGUUUCCAAGGGAGUUCGCGCCGUAUGCGUGGCGCGCGGAAUCUCCCCCAUGAGGAAAUGAAUGAAGUUACGCGCCUCCGGUGCGGACUACUCCGUUUGUGACUCUCUUCUCGAUGUGGGUUGAGUACUCCUCUUUGGAUCCGGAUCGAAAUAACCCUAGAAUUUUCAUACUGCUCUCCAAAGUGGAGUAACUCCUUUUGGACUCAGGAGUAACUCCACUUCGGCUGUCAGUAUGAAAGUGGUAUAUUACUGUCCACUUACAAUUUGUUCCCAUGCCUGUUCUGUAAAACAACAUCUAUAAACAGAAUCCUUUCAAUUCAACAAGCACGAUGCUCCUCAUUGCCAAGAUUAGGUUGACAUAUUUUGUGACAUUCAUAAAAUUCUUAAUUGUUUAAUUUCCAUUUAUUCGUGAAAUAUAAUCAUAUAGUCUGUCACUCUCGUUCUCGAAAUAAAAAUCCAACGGAGAGAUAUAUGCAUUUGAAAAUCAUCGACCUAACAUUAGGAUAGCUUUAAAUAUGAAAUCAUCGACCUAACAUUAGGAUAGCUUUAAAUAUGAAAUUUCAAAAAGGCUGUCCACAUUCCUGGUAGAAUUAAGAAAUUAUUUGUAAUAGCCAUUAUUCCAUGUAGUUGUUCUUACAUGUGAGUGUUAUUACGAGAAGUGCAAGUUGGAUGAUGGUUGACAUAUAACUGCAUAAAAAAGCACUCGAAUAUUGUUUAAAUUCCAUAAAAGCAUAAACCAUUUGGCAUUUUACCCAAAUCUCGUGACGUUUAAAAAUUCAGUUUAUCAGCGGUCAACGCUUAAAUUAUAUACGAUAUGUCUACGUCUACCGAGUUUUUCUAGAACACUUAAUUUUUGGGUUUUCGAUAAACACCAUUAACAGAUACAAAUAUCAAAUGACAUUGACUCUAUUUUGGUAUUGUGGUGAAUAACUGGGGAAUUCACUUGCAAAUCAGUCGCCAUACAUGGGGCGAUGAAAAUAAUUUGGUGGGGUGAAACUAGCAUUUUUCCUUUUUUAUACAGUAUAUACAUUGCACUAAAGAUGGAUCUGUAAUCCAUGCAUACAUGAUUUUCGUGUAAUGAUGUAAUACAAUUUGCAAUGUAGAAGUUAAGAAUUCGUAUUGCACGAUACACUGUCUAUGUAUACCAUGUUUAGGAAUAUUAUACUGAAUGAUUUAUUUAUAUACACGUAUUUACUUUGUUCUAUCAUGGUAUAUUGGGAUCGUAACACUGUUGUUUUUGUAAUGCACUCUACACUAUGCAACUGUUUUCUUAUCAAAUGUAACACAGUGUCUGUAAAUGAACUGUUGAUGACACCAAAUGACACCAAAAUAUUGCGUUUUUAUUAGCAACUGUCUAUUUUAAAAUGAAAACAACAUAAUCUUAAAGCGUCACAACAUCAGGCCCUACUUUUAUGAAUUUGUGGCAUACUUGAUAAGGGGGUUGCUUAAUGAAAUUUAUUCUUAGAAACAAAAUGCCAACUCAUUGUUAGUAGCGCACUAUUUAUUACCAAUAUUUUUAUCACUUUAUUUCAGGUGUUCAUCUGUAAAUAUUAUAAUGUAGUGACAGAUAUACGUUCAUGAAAUGACCUACGUUCUAUUUUGCUUUGUUUGAGAUUAAAUACGUAAAUUUACAAUGGAAUAUUGUCAUUGUAACCUCUCUUUUGAACUUAUUAGCUCGAACACAAGUACCGAAAACGAGUGUUCAUAUAUCAUCAAAAGGAUGAUAAUUUACCUAUAGGUGUCGCUUAAUGGAAGAAAACAAUGACAGAUUCAAAGUCUCCGGAUAUUGUGUAUUCUCGCAAUAUUCAUUAUUACUGUAUAUAGUUCAAAGUGUAUUUCUGUUUAUGAUGUAUAUGUGUGUGGGUGUGUGUGUGUGA